AUGUAUGAGGAGGAGGGAUACAGGGUCGUCAUAUUGUCAAACCAGGCCGGGCUCACACUUCAUUUCGAUGCAAACCACAAGGGACCCAAGGCUGGGGCGCAGAAACGGGUAUCCGACUUCAAGCUAAAGUGCAACGGCGUCUUGAAUCAGCUCAAUCUGCCGACUACCAUUUACGCAGCAACAGCAAAGGAUCUAUACCGCAAGCCCAGGGUUGGCAUGUGGAAAGAAAUGUGCGAGGAUUACGACAUUUCCGAGGACGAGAUUGAUCUUGGUGCGAGUAUCUUUGUGGGCGAUGCCGGCGGUCGAGUUGCCUCCGUCGCGAACCCCAUCACGGGUGCUGUUGCUGCGAAAAAGGACUUUAGCUGCUCGGAUCGCAACUUUGCGCACAAUGUGGGCAUAGAAUACAAGACACCGGAGGAAUUCUUUCUGGGGGAGAAGCCCCGUGAGUUUUCAAGGGAUUUUGAUCUGGCGAGCUUUUCGUUUGUCGAGAAUGGUGCAGCUGCCGAGCAAAAGGUGUUUGAGAAGGCCAACAGACAAGACAUUGUCCUCUUCUGCGGCCCGCCGGGUGCUGGCAAGAGCACGUUCUUCUGGACACAUCUUCAACCACUUGGCUACGAGCGGAUCAAUCAGGACAUUCUGAAGAGCCGAGAUAGAUGUAUCAAGGUCGCGCGGGAGUAUCUCCAGGACGGCGAGUCCGUCGUGAUAGACAAUACGAAUGCAGAUGCCGAUACCAGAGCCCUUUGGGUCGAGUUGGCCCGCAAAGCCAACAUACCAAUUCGAUGCGUGUGGUUCCAGACGCCAAUACAUAUUGCUCAGCACAACGAUGCUGUCCGGUCACAGAACAAGGUCUUGAACCGCGAAGGUCGAUCAGUGCUGCCGCCAAUGGCUUUCAGUGGAUUCGCCUCCCGACACAAGGAGCCUCGUCUGGAGGAAGGAUUUCAGGACAUUGUCGAAAUGCCCUUUGAGUUCAAGGGCACCAAAGAAGAGGUCCUGGAAUGCCGUCCGGGCGAGGAACUUGUCUCGGUCUACGAGGGGAACCACGAUAUCUGCGAGAUGUCCGCGAGAAAUCCGAGCGUGGUACCGGAGACUGCCCGACGGCCCCAGUCUGCUCGUGUCAAGGCGCCGUUCUCGAAUCUCGCGAUCCACCGGCUGUCCACCCAGGACGGGUAA